UUCUGUUUCGGGGUUAAGGCCAAAUGCGCCUCUUCUCAUUUGCUUUGUCGGUCUCUCAAACCGGUCAAUCCUCGCCGGGGCGGUCGUUUUAGAGAGAUAGCGAUGAAGGCGGCGACGGCGGUGGCGGUGGUCGUGGCGGUGGCGGUGACUUUGGGGAUGGUGGCGACGCUGGCGGAGGCUGGGGACAACAAUCGGGUGUUCCAGCCGUGCGCGGACGCCAAGAUCCAGAGAGGAGACGGCUUUACCUUCGGCAUCGCCUUCUCCACCCGGGAGUCCUUCUUCUUUAACCAGACCCAACUCUCUCCCUGCGAUCGCCGCCUCUCCCUCGCCUCCGGUGCGAACGCCCAACUCGCCCUCUUCCGCCCCAAGGUCGACGAGAUCUCCCUCCUCACCGUCAACACCACCUCCUACCCCGCUGUCACUAACGGUGGCUUCAUGGUAGCAUUUGCCGGUAGGAAGUAUGCAGCACGAUCCCUUCCAGCAUUUGUCAGUAACAGUUCAUAUACUGUUACCAGUUUUACCCUGGUACUAGAGUUCCAAAAGGGCACACUUCAGAACUUGUAUUGGAAGAGAGAUGGUUGUGCUUCGUGUUCAGGGAAGUCAAACUUUGUUUGCCUGAACAAACAAGAAUGCGCAAUUAAAACAUCCAACUGCAAGAGUGCGAACCAGGGUGGCUCAGUUGAUUGCAGCAUUGGAAUACAAUUGGCCUUCUCAGGUACAGAUAAGCAUGAUGCUGUCCUCAAUUCAUGGUAUGAAGUUUCCAACCUUCAGCAGUACUCCCUCUAUGGACUGUAUUCCAACCUUAGAAAUUCUCUCACCAGCCAGUACAACAAAAUCUUCUAGCCUGUUGGAUUGGGUUGCUAAACUCCUGACUGGAACUGCUGCUGUAAUUUUGUUUUAUCAUGUCUCUUAGGAUCUUCCCAUACAUUUUCUUUUGCAUUGGAAGUUGCUGUAAAAUUGCUUGAUGCUUGGAGUCAAGAGUCUUUAUUCCUGUAAUCCACUUGUAUUUACUGGUGCUUGGCCGUAUUCAUUUAUUUGCUACUGUAUAUAUUCAUCUCUCAUUUUCGGUUUCUUGUUGGAA